AUGGUGACUUCGAGAAUACCGGCUUAUUCUCUGAAUUCGGAGUUCAACAGGGAGUUCAGAAGUUUCCGUAUAACGAGGGCGACGCCGCGGUCCACGCUGUACGCUCCCGCCAUCGUGCCAAUACACGAGUAUCCGAGGGUCAGCGUCCACGAGCGGCGGGAGGCGCUGAAGGCCGCCCUGGCCAAGGCAUGGUCUUCGAAGAGCAGCGACAAAAGGAAACACGACACUUGGACUGUUCCAAGCGAACAGAGCAGGGCCGGAAUCACAGCCGCAGACUUCGGUCUUAAAUCUCAAUUGAAGAACGGCGAGGAGAGCUCGCGCGUGGCACUCGUCAAACACGAAUUCGAAAGUAAGGAAGCGGAAAGAGAAAAGGAGUCGAGAGUCGAAAACGGCCAACCGGCGAGCUUCAGCUAUAGCCGGUCCGCGGGCAACGGAAUAGACAUACAGGAAACAUUAAAAAAAGGCUGUGAUAAAGGAUUGCACGGUAACGAUUUAAGCUAUAGCGACUACAUGGACAAUGUUCCUAAAUGUAAGACUAGUUUCGAGAACAGCUUCCUCAAACAAAGCCAAGAGGAGCGCUACACGAAACGCAACGGACACGAGGCGACCGCGAAGCGAGUCGACAGAGACAUCAACCUGAACAGCGUCGAAUACAGCAGCCUGAACGGCGAGACGUACGACUCUAUGAGGUAUUCGCGUACGGCGAACGGAACGGAGUCAUCGGUGCAGUACAAGAGCUACGGUAAACAAGACACUGUUAAGAGCGCGGCCUCGUGCAACGGCGAGAGAAACGGACGCAGGGCUGACCAGCGGCUGACGAGCGGCCCCAGGGCCCUGGUGGAGCAGCGGCUGGCGGAGCGGCUUGAGGUGAAGGUCGCCGAGCUGCCAGCCCUAUACCUCGGCGUCGACUCUUGGACGCCCAAGUCGGCCGCCUUCCAGAAAAGCAUGCGCGAACACGAGUGGAGCGUAUCGUAUGUAGUCAACCAGUACAACACUAUUUAC